AUGUGGUUUUCGACGUUAAGAUCAAUCCUGCUAAUAUCAUGGCUCUCGGCACUCCUUCCCGGCGCGGUCGCAGAGCCUAUGCUCAUCUCGAACUCGCUGAACACUUGUCAGGAGGACUCUAUGUUUACGGCUAGUCUGUUCCAGGUCGUAUAUACACCGAAUAACAACACAGCUUUCCUCAACAUCGUCGCAACAUCGUCCGUCGAAGGCAAUGUUGUGUUCGACGUCGCCAUCUCAGCAUAUGGUUACACGAUUAUCCAGACUACCGUCGACCCCUGCAAGGUUGGCUUGGCUGGUCUCUGCCCCAUGACCGCGGGUAAGAUUCCGCUGAAGUUCAACUUGCCUGUGGGUGAAGAAGCCGCCUCCCAGAUUCCCGGUAUCGCGUAUACGUUCCCCGAUCUGGAUGCUACCGUCCGUGUCUUCCUGAACAUGACCGACACCGGCAAGAGUGUGGCAUGCGUCGAAGCCGACAUCUCCAAUGGAAAGACGGUUGAUUUGAUUGCUGUUAAGUGGGUUCUUGCCAUUAUUGCUGGCCUUACUCUCUGCUCUUCGGCCAUCAUCAACGGUCUCGGUCACUCAAACGCCGCCGCGCACAUUGCCUCUGGUGCUCUUUCGUUGUUCGGCUUCUUCCAGGCUCAGGCCAUGCUCGGUCUCACUUCGAUCCAUCUACCGCCUGUCGUCCAAUCCUGGACUCAGGACUUCCAGUGGUCUAUGGGUAUUAUCAACGUUGACUUCAUGCAAGAUAUCUUCACAUGGUAUCAGCGAGCGACUGGUGGGACGCCUUCUACCAUUUUCGACUCCUUGACAACUGUUUCAGUCCAGGUUGAAAAACGUGCCUUGUCCGUUUUUCCGGAUGCUGCCGCGGACUUGUACAAGCGAUCAGUUGCCAUUCUUCCGCGAGCUGCUACAUCACUAAUGAAGCGAGGCAAUAUUAUGACUGGCUCUGGUAGUUAUAUCGUGUAUGGUAUUCAGCGCGUUGCUUUCAGAGCCGAUAUCGAGACGACGAACCUGUUCAUGACCGGUUUGAUAUUUUUCUGUCUACUCGUAGUCUUCACUAUCGGGGCUGUUGCGGCGUUCAAGGGUUUCUGCGAGCUCGCUGUUAAGCAGAAAUGGAUGAAGCCCGACACGUUCCUCGAGUUCCGCAAUGGGUGGCUUACGGUCCUUAAGGGUAUUUUGUUCCGUCUUACCCUCAUUGGUUACCCCCAAAUGGCUAUUCUAUGUCUCUGGGAGUUCACCCAAGUGGACUCGCCUGCUGAGGUGGUCUUGGCGGUCUUCUUCAUCGUGGGAAUGUCGAUUACUCUAGGGUGGGCCGCUUCCAAGGUCAUUCGAAUCGCUCGUCGUUCCGUCGCCAUGCACCGAAACCCCGCCUAUAUCCUUUUCUCGGAUCCCCAGGCAUUGAACAAGUGGGGAUUCUUGUACAUCCAGUUCCGUGCUUCCGCCUACUACUUCAUUAUCCCGAUUCUUGGCUACACCUUGGUUAAGGCCAUGUUUCUCGCAUUCUCGCAGGCCAACAGCACCGCUCAGGCUAUCGGUUUCCUCCUUAUUGAAGCCGGAGCUCUGAUUGCUGCUAGUGUUCUCCGACCUUGGAUGGAUAAGAGCACCAACUCGUUCAACAUUGCCAUUUGUGCCAUUAACUUCAUUAACGCCAUUUUCCUUUUGAUUUUCUCGGAUGUGUUCAACCAACCUGCGUUGGUUAACGGUGUUAUUGGUCUCAUUCUGUUUAUCCUUAACGCUAUUUUCGCCACUGUCCUCUUAAUCAUGGUCCUUGUUUCGACUGCGUUGGUCUUCUAUCGCAAGAACCCGGAUGGUCGCUACCAGUUUAUGGCUGAUGACCGAGCGUCUUUUAUGAAGUCGCAAUCUCAGCUCACGGGUACUACUGAGCUGGACGCCCUUGCUGCAACCGCUCGCGGUGAUAAGGCUGGUUACAAGCCGGGUUUGGACCUUGAUGACGACAACGAAUCGAUAACCUCAGCUGACAUGCGCCGCCGUACGGACACUUCAAACUUGACGGUUCCCGCGGCAGCUCCCCCCGGCGCGUUCAGGAGCAACAGCAACACGAACCCUCCUCACUCUCCGGUGGACCCUUCUGUGCCCCUCUUCCCGGCCAACGGUGGCCCGCAAAGAGCACCUAGUCCAUACGGUGGCAGCUCUGCCGGGCGGUCAGUGAACAGCAGCAGCCCUCCAAGUUACAGAGCGCAGAACAACGCUAGUCCUUGGCAACGAGGGGCAGGUUAUGACCAUUAG